UUUCACUUUAUUCCCCUCCUCCCGUAUCCCCUUUUCUCAGCUCCAUAGUAUAGGGUCUCACUUUAAUUCUCUUGCCUUCUCACUUGUUCUUUAGAUCCUCCAUCUCUCUCUUUCCAGGGCACCGCUAGCCCCCCUGCCCUCUUCCACCUGCUCCCCGCCACUGCUCCUACGCCUGUAUUUCACAACAUUGGGGUUUCAGAGCCGGGGAGGGGGGGACUUGCUCAUACCCCCUCCCCAUGCCUUUGAUUUCUGCCCGCCUGCCUGCUGGUGUUGGAUGCUCAGAGGAGGAAGCGGAAAGCCCGCCCAGCUCUUUCUUCUGGGGGAUGCUGGUGGUGGCCGAGAUGUUGACUUGAUGCUUGGCUUUGCCAUGGAUGGGAUGACAUGCUUCAUGGUUGCCUUGGUCACGCUGGUGCUCUGUUGCCCCGGUCCACCUUGGUGCAUUGCCCGCCGGCUGGUGCUUUGGACGGGUCUCCCUGUGCUGCUGCCUCUGUUGUUAUCUGUGCCAGCCUUUCUGGCUUCCCCAGUAGCAGAUGACACGUAUUUGGAGCAGCAGAAUAUUUCCUCCCUUUUGCCGAGUCAAUACACUGAGGGCAGCAUGACACACAAAGCCUUAACGAAAAGCACAACGGAUCCCCAGGCAAAUAGUGUGUUUCCUGAGAGGGCGUCACCACCUGUUACCUCUCCUUCUGAGGUGACCUCAUUGGGCCAAGAAGAAGCAGGCGGAGUCUCGACAGGACAAAGCAUACCAACGUUGGAUAUUUCAGUAACGAGCAAUGAGGCAGUCUUAAGUGAUGAUAGAUUUAUUAGCUCAUUUCCUAAUGCACAACAGACUCCUUCAUUAAAGUCUUUUACAGAGGACUAUCAUUCAGGUUCCUAUCCAAUGAAGCCAACAAAGGAAACAUUACAAACUGUGUUGCUAGCGCCUUCGUUACCAGUCCUCUCCUCGUCGCUUGAGUACAUGGAAAUGCUGCAAACAACAUUGCAAAGGGCUGUCUCCGUUCCUCAUGUUCCUCUCCCACAUUUGAAGCCUUUUGACACGACAGGUGUAACUCUGACUCCAAGCAGAGACUUGCUCAUGCCCCUGACUUACUUACAUUCUGUUGCUUCUGAAGUGGUGGAUGCAACGAUUGGAAAAGGAAGGGAAGAUUCUCUCGUCCAUGCCUUCUCCUCGACAUCUUUGCUUUUUGAUACUACUGUGGAAGACUCGCCCAUGUUUAUGAGACAGCUAAAUGAGGAAACACAAAUUACAACUGACGUUUUGACAAGAAGUACUGACACAUACACUGAAGCCCACUAUAGUAUUAAUAGUAAUGUAGCAGGAACUCUCAGUCUAAGAAACUCAUCUGUUCUGAGCAUUUUAAAGGAAAUUCCUGUUUCAUUAACUAACACAGGGACUGCUAUGUUUUCAACUCAUCUUCCUUUUCUUUCCCCCUAUUCUUCCCCAGCUACAGUUCUGACUGCCUCCAAUAGUCUUUUUAAUGAGAAAUUGUUUACACUUGAGUUUUCUCAAAAAUUCUCCAGAAGUACAGCAUCAGUUUUGCCUGAAAUUUCAGAAAUACCAACUCAAGUUGAGUUCUUCCAUGACUCCAUGAGCCCAGUGCCUUUCACUAGACCAUAUGCUUCAUGUUCAUACUGUGACUUCACCUCAACUCCCUUGGAGCCAGUUUUUUCAGUGCGGCCAUCAGAAAAUGAUGUGGGCUCGGGUGACUAUGUUGACACACUGUCAUUUCUGGCCACUGAAGUAAAAGGUGUUGCACCGUUUACAUCAGUAGUUAGUGAGCUGUAUGACAUGCCGGAGUCUCCUCCUGAAGUAUUUGAUACUACUUUUCCCUCUAGACCUAUUGUUUCAUUUUCUUCAAAGUUUACAGAAGUCUCCAAGUCAAAUGCUGUGGAAAUUAGCCUUAAAAAUAUAAUAUUUACAUCAAUUUCCCCUUCCCCAUCCUAUGAACAGUCCUCUGAGGUAAUAUCAUUGGAAAGCACUUCUGUCAGUUCCCCCUACUCUGAAACUGAAAUGGUUACGCCAUUGUCUAGUAUAGUGGAACAACUACGCUCUGAUGUUGCCACAGUUUCCCUUGAAUCUGCCUUCAUCGGAAGUGUGAGCACAUCAUCCAUGACAAUCAGGAAUUCAACUCUGCUGGAAACACCUGAAUUUAUGCCAUCAGCAUCUACAAAUUUCCUUGGCAAAACACUUGAGGGGUUCCCCACACAAGAACCUGCUGUAAAUGGAUCAGACAUUCCACCCAGCCUUUCAUUAACCCCUUUUCCCUCUGAGCCAAAUGUCUUGUCACAGUCAUCAUCUUCUAGAGCCACAUCUUUCUUGAUAAUGCCAAGUGAUUUGUCAACAUUUUUACCUCACAUUUCAUCCACAUUCCUUCUGCCAUCUGUGCUUUUUGACAAUUCUUCUAGUUGGAGCUCAGCUGAGCUCCCAGGUGUUGACAUCUCAAGCAUUGAGGCUUCCCAGCCGUCUUCAUGGCAAACUUCAUUUUUUAAUUCGAACUCAUCUUCCUUUCCAGUCACACACAGUUCUACAACAGUGCCAUCAUCAAGUUUCUAUAUGAACUCUUCUGUGUUAUUGGAACCAACAUCAACCUUAGUGGUGGCAUCUGAAUUUUAUUUUACCUCAGCUUUCACAGAAGCUACCUCUCAGUUUGAGUUAUCAUCCUUAGGCAUUGAUGCUACUGUCUCUACACAGGUGCUGCCCACUUCUGUUUCAGAGCCUGUUUUCACCAGCAAUAUCUUAGGGGAUGAAACACGUGUGACCUCAUGGUUCACUUCGUUACAGACAACUCCCAUCUUAACAUCUUCAUCCCUUUUCGUGGCUGCAACUGCUGUUGAGGAGACUGGUGCUACUGCUAAUCUCAGUUUGGUUUCCUCUUCCGCUGAAGCAGCUGCUACCACAAGUUUUUUUACAACCAUCUCCUACAUGCCACCAUUGGCCACAGAUUUGAGCAGCAUAAAAGUUUCCCCUACUGAAUCAGCGGGUAUAGUGUCAUCAUACGUCCCUACAGUAAUGCCUACAUCUGUGAAUACUUCAAUUGAAUCUGGCAUUCCAACAAGAUCUAGUAUAACUGAGUUUACCAGUGUGACAAUCUCUACUGCCACCACCUCUAGUAGUAAAAUAAGCCUUUCUACAACUACCAGCAGUACACCAAACUCUGCUUUGACCUCUGCAUUGGUCACUACUCCACAAGUUACAAUGCCUACCAUUCCAACUACCACAACUAGACAGCCCUACGUUUGUGACAUCGCAAUCCCUGAUAAAUAUCUAGUGACAGCUGUGCUAGCCCGGAAAUCUGUAUCAGAAAACGUCAGUGAAUCCAUCAAAGGAAUCCUGCGAACUGAGUUUCGAAGACUGGUAGAGCUGGAGGUUUAUAGUCUUUCUCCCAAAUUCUCUUUCCUGGUGACCUCGGGUCCUUUUGUUUACACGGCAAUUGCUGUCAUCAACGCUCUUGUGAACAGCAGCCUUCUUCGUGGUCAGAUACCUCUCAUCUCAUCACUGCAAUCUUCUUUCCCCGCCCUAGAUCACAAGUUCCAGGUGCAGACCGUGCUUCAGUUUGUGCCGCAAAGUAUUGACGUUGGGUUCUGCAACUUCAGCCAGCGCAUUGAAAAAGGGCUGAUGGUUGCAUUCGGAGAGGUGAGAAAACAUCGCCUGGAUAUUUCCAACUUCACUGUGCAGAUAUUGAACAUAACCCUGGGUAGAUCUAGAGCAGUGUUUCGGCAAGGCCCUGUGCAAAUUGUUUUUGCCGUCCGAGAGAAACGUGGAUUCUUGAAUGGGUCUGAAGUCAGCGAACUGCUAAGGAACCUGUCUAUGGUGGAGUUCAGUUUCUAUUUGGGAUUUCCUGUCCAGUAUAUUGCAGAACCUGUUUAUUAUUCUCAACUGAACACAUCCUACUUGAUGAAAUUUUCCUGGGUGAGAACAGUUGUCCUGGGUGUUGUCAACCAGAAAAUUCAAGAGGACGUUUUCCAGGCUGAGAUGGAGCGGAAGCUAGCCCAGUUAUUAAACGAGGCCUUGGGCAGAGGGCGGAUAUGGAAAAGGGCAACGUUUGCUGGGAACAAUGUUGUGCAGAUUGUAAACGUAUCACGCUUACACGAAGCUGACAGCCCAGUUAUGCUGGUUUAUUUUGUGGAGGAUCAAGAUGGAGAAAGGCUUGGUGCUGUGAAGACGUCUGACUUGAUUAACAAAGUGGAUAUCCAGAGGGCUGCCAUCAUUCUAGGAUAUCGCAUUCAAGGCCCAGUGGCUCAGCCUGUGGACAGGGUCAAAGAAUCGCCUCCAGAGUCACAGAACAAUCUUUGGAUCAUUGUUGGCGUUGCAGUCCCAGUAGCUGUGGUGCUGCUUAUCAUUAUCAUCUUAUAUUGGAAGCUCUGCCGAACUGACAAACUGGAAUUUCAGCCGGACACCAUGAACAACCUUCAGCAACGACAGAAGCUACAAGCUCCCAGCGUGAAGGGCUUUGAUUUUGCAAAGCAGCAUUUAGGCCAGCACAACAAAGAUGACAUCUUGAUCAUACACGAACCAACUCCUCUCCCAGGACCAAUUAAGGACACCACCCCCUCUGAAAAUGGUGACCUCCCGAGCCCCAAGGCCAAGAUCUCUUCAAAGCCAUCCAAGAAUGUCCGACACAGAGGGAGAGUUUCCCCCUCUGAUGCUGACUCCACAGCAAGUGAACAGUCAAGUGGUCGAGAAACAGGAGAAGAAAUGGCAAGACCACAGACAGCUGUCAAUGAGGUCAAACCCCACAGAGUCAGCAAGUCCGGCCCUCCGCAGAUCAGUAAUGGCCCAGAGCAACACUCCUCAGCCUCCAUCUUUGAGCAUGUGGACAGAAUGUCACGCUCCUCAGAAGUCAGCAGAAGGGUCCCUAGCAAGAUCCAGUUGAUUGCCAUGCAGCCCAUUGCAGCACCUCCAGUUCCAAACCAACCACUUUCUGACCGAGUAGCAGAAACCAACAAAAUUAACAAGGAGAUCCAAACAGCUCUGAGGCAUAAAUCUGAAAUUGAACAUCACCGCAACAAGAUCCGACUUCGAGCCAAGCGCAAAGGGCACUAUGAGUUUCCCAUCGUGGACGAUAUGGUGAUAAUUGAUACCAAAGAGCAGCAAAGGAUGUACCGCAAGGCGCAGAUGCAGAUAGACAAAAUCUUGGACCCCGGCGGCAAUAUGCCGACUGUUUUCAUAGAACCCAGGAAGAGCUCUCGGGCCAAGCGUUCUCCAAAGCAGCGUCGAAGGCAUCAGAUAAAUGGAAGCCCAAUGGAUGCUGACAAGGACAGGCUAAUCACAACCGACAGUGAUGGGACGUACAAGAGGCCUCCAGGAGUCAACAACUCUGCUUAUAUUUCUGAUCCUGACCUUCCUGCUGAACCCCAGACACCUUCUUCAACUGAACUGGGGAAGUACUCAGGCCUCCCCACGCACACUGCUCCAUACAUCCCUCCUCAGCCAUCCAUUGAAGAGGCCCGGCAGACAAUGCAUUCACUCCUGGAUGAUGCUUUCGCCUUGGUGGCCCCCAGUAACCAAGCAUCCAGUUCUGCUGCCAUCACACAUCCUGGAGGGUUGGGGGGACAGCCACCAAACACUCCAGUUCGAGCAGCAAGGGACACCCCCAGCAGCCAGUGGGGAUCCCCGUAUGGCCCAACUCACACAAGAUACAUGGAAUUUGGGAUGACUCCUCCAACAGCACCAGGCCUGCUACAGAGCAGGCAAAACCUGGGCCCAGGUUUUCUUCCACCUGUUGAAUUAAUGCACCCAGACCAGCAGCCAUCUGACGUUCAGUUUUCCACUAGAGGGAUCUACCCAGAGGAAAUCCCAUCGGUGGCACGGCCGCGACCAGUUGGAAGCACUGCAGGUUCUCAGAUACAGCACCUCACUCAGGUGGGAAUUGCUAGCAGGAUCGGAGGUCAACAGGUGGAGAUCCCCUCAGGCAGAGCAGGGCAUGGCCAGCCGGGGGAACCAGGGUGGCCCCCGUAUCGUGGAGAGGAUGAAUAUGCUAGGAGAGAUGCAACGCAUACGCCUGGACAUCAAGAAUAUUCCUCCUCACCAGUAUUCCAGAUGUCGAGGACUUCGGCCCGACAGCCCUCAGCGCCACCUGCUCAGCCUCCACACAGCAACCACCAGGGCCCGGGGCUCUGCUACAACACCAGCUCCACUGAGGACCUCCAGCCGGGUCACUCUUCAGCCUCCCUCAUCAAAGCAAUCCGAGAGGAGCUUCUCCGGCUCUCUCAGAAACAGACCAUUGUGCAGAACCUCCACAGCUGAUUUGUCGUGUCCUUGCAAAUCUGCCAAGUAUCUGCUUCCCAUGGAAGCUGGACUCGCAGGAAACCAGCAAGAGCCUGCUGUUCUUCUGUCAGAGGAGUGAG